AUGACUACUCUCUUUACUCGACAAGAGCCUAACCCUGAGCUUUGUCGGCAAUAUGCUAGCUUUGCAUCUCAUAUGGUGCGAUGGGAGUUCAAGAUUAUCUACUGGACCAUGUUUGUGUCCAAUUUGUUAGUCUUGUUUAUUGCUUCCUGGACAUAUAUCCGUGCACAAGCAGCUGGUGAGAAGCUUGCUCAUAAUCCUAAAGCCCGAACGAAACGUAUCCGGCAAUCUGUUUGGAUGUGUCUUGGGUGUGUCUCUGUCUCUACCGUCAUCGUCGUCAUGGAGGCGUAUUGCAUUCUUGCUCUCCAAUUUUGCGAUGGAGAAGAUCUUAUUUCUCUUUACUGGUCUACAUGGACUAUGAUCCAAGUAGGAUCUUUGAUUGCCAUGAUUGGUAUCAUCCUUGCUCUCGCACAUACCCUUCGGGGUCGACAGCAUCCACCCUGGGCACUCGCACUAGGAACACCAGUCCUAGUCAUCGCCGGUUUUCUUCAUCUCUUCCACGACUGCGCAAAGAAGCGCAUCAAGAAUCGUCAGCGCCGUAAGAGUGACUUUGACGACGCCAUGGGUCCUCCAAUGAGUCAAGCUAACACAAUCUCGGUCAACCCCGAUGAGGAAUCCGACGGAGGAGACGACUACAAAGCUCAAGUAAUCGGUCUCACCUUUGACGGCGGGCCUAUUAUUCGCUUCAUCGAUGCCGUCCCCGAGACUCUUCCCGAGCAUGCUCAACUAUUGGGCUACUGUCCCCAAAGCAAGCCUAUUGUCAUGUGCACACGGCAAUCCAUUCAAUUUCUGAUGGAUUCCCCAGCUCAAGUUCCCCCUUCGGCAUCUCCUUAUCGCAAGGGUAGUCGAUGA